AUGAAUCAAGUCGCUACUGUAAACCGUCCGUGGAAGAUAUUUAUUUUACUUCUUUGUUUGGCAAAAUCGUUCGAAACAGUUCAAGGACAAUAUGGGCAAGUCGCUGGCGCAUGGAAUAUUAGUUAUGAAGGCGGUGCCACCGAACAACAGUUAACCAUUUCAGAUGAGAUGCAGUAUGUCAACAUAACAAUUUCCAAUGUGGAUUUGAGUGCGGGAAUCGAAUUUCACUUCGAAAUCCAUGCGGAUAAUCCAAAAUUGGUGUUGGUGGAAAAACGUGUGGAAUUGAAUGAAUUACAGGGUAGUCCGGCAUCAUGGCAGGGUGCAGUGCCCGUGCAGACACGCCGUUUUGGUUUCACAUAUCUCUAUGUGACACUACACCCAAACACUACCGGUGCCAUUGUGGAACGUUCACCAACGGAUCUGACGCUUAGUGUUGCGCGCAAAGAGCGUUUGGAUGAGAAAAUUUUCAGUUAUACGGCAGCGUCGCUGUUGCUGUUGAUGUUCCUCAACUUGGGUGGCGUUCUUGAUUUGCAACGUUUGAAGGAGAUUUUCUUGCGACCAGUAGCCGUAUUAAUCGGUUUUUGCACCAGUUAUCUUUUAAUGCCUGCCCUCGCAUUGGCUCUCGGUUUUUGUUUUCUGCCCACACAGCCAGAUCUACACUUGGCACUUUUCUUCACAGCACUCUCGCCCAGCGGUGGUUUGGCCAAUAUUUGUUGCCUUUUUCUCAAAGGAAAUGUGAAUCUUUCCAUUGCCACGACUACCAUCAACAGUCUAAUGUCAUUGGUUAUGUUCCCGUUAUGGAUACUUAUUUUGACACAGUGCAUAUUCAUAAACACUGAAUUGGAUGUGCCAUUUGCGGAUCUCGCUAUCAGUGCUGCGGCGCUUAUCUCCGCAAUCGCAUUGGGAAUUGUACUGCGACUUUUAUUACCGAAAACUACAAACUUGAUUUUUCGAUUUCUAAAACCAUUCUGUGCAUGCCUCAGUUUGGCUCUUAUCGGUAUGACAAUUGGCAUAAAUGCGUUUGCAUUCAAAGAGCUGACUAUUUGGAUUUUUUUGGCCGCAGUCUUCCUGCCUAUCAUUGGCUACUUGCUUGCGUUCGGAAUAUCAAAACUACUACGCUGUUCAGCAACGGACUCACUGACGAUUUCUAUUGAAACAAGUGUUUUGAAUAUGACAGUGCCAAUCGUAUUGUUGCAACACAGUUUCGACGAAGUGCGGUCUGACCUGACGCUUAUAGUGCCAAUCACGGCGGCGCUCCUCUCGCUGGUCAUGAUGCUAGCGAUUUAUGGAAUUCGCCGCAUUUUCGGUUUAAAUAAGGCGGUGGAAGAGGAUACUUUGAAUUCCAAGGUAGAAUUAAUAGAAUACUUGGAAGUUGAGGACAAUAACGGUCGAGUAACAACUCUCAAAUUCUGAAACUUCAUGAAAGACUACCAAAAUUUAUGCUACAGAUUUUAUUAGAGCUGUGGAUUUUGUUAUAAAAUAAUUUUAUAAGCCGACCAAUAGAUUACAGACCGAAAAUCGAUUUUUAGCUCGCUUGUAUAAAAAGGGGGAAAUACCAAAGAUAAUGUGAAAAGGAUUUGGUUUGCGUUAUUGUGCAGUUUUAUAAAUAUGGAAUCAAUGCGCAUUCAUUAGAGAUGGCGUCACUAGACCAACAACAAUGUUCUGCACGUUUGAUUGGCAAAGCAAAGUAUUGCGAAACUAGAAAAUAAAUAAUGAAUUCGUCUUGUUCCAUGCUGAACUGACAGCCACAUGGACACGGCGAAAGAUAAAAACAAAUCAGCUGAUUUACAAACACCACCUUUAACAGAUUCGCUUUGUAUGGAAUAUAAGAACUGAUUUGUCAAAUUGGUCACAGCUAAAAUCACCUGAAUUUCAUAAAUUUUACAGUCGCGCUGUCAUAAAUCUAUCAAAAUGAGGCGCGAUAACAGUCAGAGAAAAGUUGAAGAGUGCAGAAUUAUUAUAAAUCGCUUUUAAAGCAAUUGCUAAAAACCUGGAGAUAUUGGCGUAAAAAGCGAAAAAUGGUUUAAUAUUAAAAAAAAUUUUUUUUUAAGUCUGUGAGUUAAAAUUUCGGUUUGGUCUUCAAUUUAUUGGAUAUUCCUAUUAGAUUAAUCCAUAGAAUUAUUUUAUAUGCCAUGCAAAUUAACUCCCUUUGAUUUAUGUCAGCCAGUAGUAAAAAUAUAAAUCUUCUAAAAUAGACUAGACUACUAAAAUAGACAACUCAGACGUUUGUGACUGUUUGAAAUGACCACAAAAUAUGGCAGAUUUGACUCAGCUAUAUGGGGCUAGCGGCUUUCUAGGCUUAUGCUAUUUUUAUUGUACAAGUACACAGGUACUGAUACAGUUAUUUUGACGGGUCUGGCGUAUGUUAGUUCGUAUGGCACUUUUCACUGUAAAAUAUAUCGCCAUAAAAAUAGGCUGGGUUGUCUCAAAACGGGUUGAUCGAAAUUCUAUUGUAUAUUUUAAUAAGAAUUCAUUUGUAAUAUUUAUAAAACUUUUAUAUGCAUUUAAAUAGUUGUAAGACGACACGACAUAAAACGAUUUUUAAAGUAAUGACAGUCAACAAA